UGUAAGUCAAACAGCAUAGCUACUGCUCGGCACAAUACAGCCUAUUAUAGUACAAAUAAAACCGAUAUCUCAAAGACCAUAAUAAACCAAUGCCGUGAUUCGUUUUCUGCAUCUCGUCCACGCGUGCCGAUUCUCUUCCCACUCUCUACGUGGCAUCGCAAUCAUUAGUUCACAACCACCACCCAACAUGGCCAACACGUCGGCAAAAGUCGUCAUCAUUGGCGCCGGCAUCGUGGGCGUCAAUGUCGCAGACGAGCUUCAAUCGCGCGGUUGGACAGACAUCACCAUUGUUGAGCAGGGUCCGCUGGCUAUGCCUGGUGGUUCAACGUCCCAUGCGCCGGGGCUCGUCUUCCAGACCAACCCGUCCAAGAACAUGUCGCUAUUUGCCAAAUACACUGUGGAAAAGAUGCUAUCACUAACAAAAGACGGCGUACCAUGUUUCAACCAAGUAGGCGGCUUGGAGAUUGCGACGACGCCCGCGCGCUUGGAGGAUCUGAAGCGCCGAUACGGCUAUGCCAAAUCGUGGGGCAUCCCUGCCGAGCUUAUAAGUGCAGAAGCCUGUUUGGAAGCAUAUCCUCUUCUAAACAAGGAACUUGUACUGGGCGGCCUGAAAACACCCACCGAUGGAUUGGCCCUCGCAGCCAGCGCUGUGCAGGCGCUCAUUGAAAAGACAAGAGCAGCAGGCGCCGUGUACAUGGAAUCAACACCUGUGACGGGCAUUGAAAAGCUCAACGGCCGAGUUACUGGCGUAAUCACACCUGAUACCACAAUCGCUGCCAACAUUGUAAUAUCAUGUGCUGGAUUCUGGGGCGUCGAGAUUGGCAAAAUGGUCGGUCUGCCAGUUCCGCUGCUGCCCAUGGCCCAUCAAUACGUCAAGACGACUACCGUUUCCUCACAAGUCGGAAAGAAUGAGCUUCCAAAUGGCGCAACGCUGCCCAUUCUUCGAUAUCAAGAUCAGGACUUGUACUACCGUGAGCACGGCAGCCAGUACGGCAUUGGCUACUAUGGCCACCGCCCUCUACCAUUCUCAGCGGCGUCUCUACCAGCAACGUCGAAAGAUGUCAGUGAACACGAUAUGCCAUCGCGACUCGAAUUCACAAAAGAAGAUUUCGACUCGGCCUGGCAGCUAUCUCAGGAACUGCUGCCAGCGUUGAAAGAUGCCGAAAUCGCAGACGGCUUCAACGGAAUCUUUUCAUUUACACCAGACGGUGGACCUCUCGUUGGUCAAGCACCGAACCUCGAUGGUUUCUACGUUGCGGAAGCCGUUUGGGUCACACAUUCUGCUGGUGUGGCCAGGGCUCUUGCUGAGGUCUUGACUACUGGCCAUUCAUCCAUUGAUCUGGCAGACUGCGAGCUCUGCCGCUUCGAGGACGUUCAAUUGACAUCUUCCUAUGUCAGCGAAACCUCACAGCAAAACUUUGUCGAGGUGUACGAUAUUCUUCAUCCUCUGCAACCCAAGGAUUCGCCUCGGAAUCUCAGAGUCAGUCCUUUUUAUGUGCGACAAAAGGAGCUCGGCGCAUUCUUCCUGGAAGGAGGCGCCUGGGAGCGGCCGUAUUGGUUUGAAGAGAACCGCAAGCUGCUUGACGAAUUGCCUGACGAGUGGAAGCCUGUCGACCGAGACGACUGGUCCGCACGAUAUUACUCACCCAUUGCGGCCGCUGAAGCCUGGAAAACACGAACCUCGGUUGCCAUGUAUGACAUGACGCCUCUACGACGCCUCGAGGUUUCGGGACCAGGAGCAGCAACGCUGCUAGAUCGCUUGACUACGGGAAGCGUGACUAGAAAGCCAGGCGCCAUCACAUAUACGCUGCUUCUAAACGACAAUGGUGGUGUCCGCAGUGACAUUACUGUGGCAAGACUAGAAGAUGAGCUGUAUCAAGUUGGUGUCAACGGACCCGUGGAUACGGCAUAUUUCACUCGAGAGGCUCGCAUUCAGAGCAAGCUCGAGCCUUGUAAGUUUGUCCAGAUUCGCGACGUUACGGGAGGUACAUGCUGUGUAGGUCUCUGGGGGCCCAAGGCAAGAGAUGUGAUUUCACUGGCGACAACAGACGACUUCUCUGACAAGGCAUUGAAAUACUUCCGGGUGAAGCGUGCCAACAUUGCUGGUGUCCCAGUCGUCGCCAUGCGACUGUCGUAUGUGGGCGAACUGGGUUGGGAGAUUUAUGCCAGCGCAGACAACGGCGUCCGGCUCUGGGAUGCACUCUGGAAAGCAGGCCAAUCCCAUGGUAUCAUUGCUGGCGGCCGCAGCGCUUUCAACGCGCUUCGUCUGGAGAAGGGCUUCCGCUCCUGGGGCGCCGACAUGACGACAGAGCACGAUCCAUUCGAGGCAGGCUUGGACUUUGCCGUCAAAGCUGAUAAGAAGCCUCAUGUUGGCCAGGCUGCGCUGCAGGGCCGGUCCAAAGACACUUGCACUCGCCGCCUGCGCUGUUUGACGGUCGAUGACGGCAAGUCCAUGGCCAUGGGCAAGGAGCCCGUGUUUGUCAAUGGGGAAGCAGCAGGUUAUGUCACCAGUGCAGCCUUCGGAUACACAAUCAGAAAGCCAAUCAUAUAUGCAUACCUUCCAGCAGCAGUGGAAGAUGGUGCUGGCGUCGAGGUGGAAUACUUUGGCAAGAGGAUAGCGGCCACCGUCACGCCAGAGCCAGUCUAUGACCCUACCAUGGCUAGAUUGCGCGGUUAAUGACCCUUUUUUGCUUUCUUUUGUUUUCAGCAUGUGAUGACUACAGUUUUGAUGCAAUUUAGCAAAUACGUAAUAUUACCAUUGUACAGUCAAACCUGUUCGUCCCAUUGUUUGUGUUUGCCUCUCCCUGUAAGCAUGUAUAAUCCCGGGAACAAAGAGUUCCGUAGCGACUCGGCGGGGUUUGUUCAUUUGCUAGAAACACUGUCUUUGAUGAAUCUCGAUUUCUUCUGAAAUGACAAGAAAGCACGUCAUUGUUAAAGGUGAAGAAGGGACCGACUGGCGCCUCCGCUAUCCCUUUAAGAUCGGGAAUUUAGCCCAGAUUUCCAACGAGAUGACAUGUCUCAGAGUUGACUGCACCCUGGCUGCAAUGUUUAGAUUGUUCCGCUCCGCCUGUGAAUAAAAAGUUACAAUUAUUUGUCCGUCGGCCUGGCCUGAAGCCGAGUAAGCAGCUCUCUCUCGCUGGCCAACUUAUGGAGCCCGCGUCUGUCCGGCUGAUCGGCUCACAUGAACAGGAACCACAAACAACAGAGUUCAGCCCAUCACGAACCGGCCGUGGGGGCGCCCCCGAACGCGGCAUUGGUCCUCCGGCUGGCCGACGCCAUCUCGGUUCAAGGCCGUC